AUGGCUUCUGAAGGUGUCGCACCUACCAUUGAACGCGAUCGUCUACCGGUAGUGAACGAUGAAAUCACAGCGGAUGAGAACCGAUACCGUUUGCUGCAAAUUCUCGGCGAUGGAGGAUACGGCACAGUGUUUCUUAGCCAAAAUGCGCAAAACAGGAACAUCGCCGUGAAGACGGAAAAGUACAGCAAGUCGAUGCUCCAUAUUGAAGUGAACGUACUAAAAGCUGCGAAUGCCGCCAAGUGCAAGCACUUCUGCCAGUUAUAUGACUACGCUAUAGAAGAACUUCAUUCUAUCGGUUUCAUAUCUCGCGACAUCAAACCGGGCAAUUUCGCACCAGGACAUAAAGCAACUCGGCAAGGAAGAAUCAUUUUCAUGUACGACUUUGGUCUUGCCAGAAGAUACCUGGACAAGAAUAGAAAUCUCAUUCCAUCUCGGAAGGAAGUAGGAUGGAGAGGUACAACUCGCUAUGGGAGUUUGAUUGCCCAUAAGAGGAUGGACUUGAGCCGUAGAGAUGACAUCGAAAGCUGGUUCUACAUGCUGAUAGAAAUCACAAAAGGAAGUCUGCCUUGGCGGCUUGUCACUGAUCGUACGCAGGUGUAUGCAGCCAAAACGGCUGCACGUGAAGGUGAAGCCCGAGUGAAUUUUCUCAGUGACACACCACCUCAGUACAAUAUGCUACUCACAUGGAUUGAUGCUUUGGUAUUUGAGGACACUCCUCCUUACUCCAGAUUUUAUAGUCUACUCGACGGACUUCGUGAAGAGAAAAAGAUUCGAAUGCACGAGCAUUGGGAUUGGGAAGACGAAACGUCACCAGUAACAAGCGUUUCCGAAUCAAAAAGGAAAUAG